CGGUAUCCGAAGACAGAAAUAACCGUUCCCGUCUUGGCCCAGACGCAUACGGUGGUUCGUUCCGUUUCGAAGUAGUUCCGGACUUGUUGACGCUCGAGGAGUUAGACCUGUUCAUGUUCAUCAACAACAUCGUCCUGGGCUGUCCGGUCUGCAUCGUGGGGAUAGUCGGCAACGCCGUCAACCUGAUCGUUUUUUACAAGCAAGGUUUCGGGGACACCAUCAACGUCACCAUGUUCGCCCUGGCGCUCUCCGACCUCAGCCUCCUGAUCAGCUCGCUGUGGAUGAACUUCCUGUCCGCGCCCUGGCUGCACAGGUCGUUUCUGGGAUUCGAACCGCGGGACGUCAUGCUGCUGACCGGCGGCUGGCCUCACAUCUGCUUCUCGCGGAUCACGUGCUGGAUCACUGUCUUCAUCACGUUUGAGCGAUGCCUGUGCAUCACUUUGCCAUUCAAGGUCAAACAGAUCCUGACCCCUAAGGUCGUGUUCGUGGCCGUGGUGUGGAUCUACUUCCUGUCGUUUAUCGGGAUUUCGCCGUGCUAUGUUUCUUUUGGUUUGAUGUGGUGGGUCGACCCUUGGACCAAUAUGACGUAUAUUGGAAGCACCAUGAUGUUGAAUGAACAGGUUUUCAUCAAAAACACCUACCUCCAGCUGUCCCUUCAGUUUAUCUCAUUUGUGGCCAUCGUAGCGCUGACCAUCACCCUCGUCAUACAACUUCAGCAGAACACAAAAUGGCGGGCGUCGGCCACGACCAAGACCGAGCAGACCGGCGCCAUGUCCAACAGGGAUAGGAGAAUCGUGCGAAUGAUCAUCCUCAUCACCUUCAUCCUCAUCGCUUGCUUCUGCCCUGGGAACCUGCUACAGGUCGCGUGGCUGAUCGAGCCCAAGUUCAGCACGGGCGGCGUCUACAACAACGGCCAGAUGGCGUGCUGGAUGUUCGCGUUCCUCAUGGAGACGAUCAACUCCAGCGCGAAUGUUUUCGUCUACUACAACAUGAGCACCAAGUACAGGGAAAUAUUUCAGCAGUUAUUCUGUGGUAAAGAGGACGCGAAGCUGAAGAGAUAGUCCGAAUGGCUAUUUGAACACAGUCGUGCGGUUACAUAGGGCGAGGAGUAUCACGUCUAAGAUAUGUUGUCGCUUUUAAAUACUUAAGAGAAGC